AUGAGCCGACUGACAGUGCCAUAAAACUAAGACAAAAUAAGAACUCUUCAGCCUAAAUUGAGGAAAGUUGAGCCGGCCCAUGACGAUGGAGACUUAUCCUCAGCUGAUGAAAACUAUCAUUUCAUCAAGCUUACUGAGAAGCCAAACGGGAAAAAGUUGCGUUACUAACCCUUGAGAUCAGAGCAUCGCAGAAACUAAAGCUAGCAGCAGUAGAUCACCAAUAAUAUGAAAUUGUAAAACAUGGAAUAGCUCCCUGACAUUCUUUAUGCAAACAGCAACACUGUCAGAAUGAGGCCUGUUGACUUUGACAAGAUUUACUCUUAAGAGGAGAAAGACACUAAUGCCAAACUCAUUGGCAUAUUCUUUGAUAAAUAUAGAAAGCUCAAAAGGCAUGCCAAUGGAACCAUGCUUAUUAGGAGGUUCGUUUCUCCCAUUUACUCUUCACUUAAACUCAGAAAUUUGUCUAAAGAGCAAAAGGAGACCAAGGAAAAAGCCAUUGAAAGAUCUUAUGAAAGUGAUAGGCAUUCUCAAAACAGAUCAAAGUAUGCGGCCUCGGUAACUUAAAGCAAGGAUUCUUAGUUCUUGUUUGGUAAGUAGAACGAGGUAUUUCACUCAACUUAUAUUGAGAGAAUUGAGCCUUCGCAUAUUUAUUAAAACUAUGAUGAUGAUGAUCAAAACAACAAUGAGAACGAAUAUUCAAAUGAAAAUGAAAAAAACAAUGAUAACGAGAAUUACAAUUAAGUUGUGGCGAGUAAUGACUAUAAUGAUGAGCAGGAGAAACUAAAUGCCUUAAAGCAUAGUUCAAUAAGGAAAAUGCCUGCCUAGUCCCCAAAGAUGUAUGAAAAGGACUACACUAGAAUUCAGAUCAUUAAGGAAAGAAGCAAGAAUAUAAGCUUUACUGGAAGAUCAAACAAGAAUUACAUUACGCAGCAGUAUAGCAAUUUGGCUAAUUCUAUUUAAGAUCAGAAGAGCACUGCAGGUAAUAGCGUAAAUAAUUCACGCGACAAUCGAGUGACUUUUUCUGAUCAAAAAGAGGAGAUGAGGAUCAUUGCUCCCUUUGUCGAGAAUCAUUUUAGAUCAAUGAGUAACAAAGAAGAAGUGCUGAUGGCUCAUGAUUUUAAGAUGAAGAAGAUUCAGCAGAAAAAGUAAACAUACAUUCAACAGUGGGACAAUUUUGAAAAUCAGACUCAGCAUUACAGUAAUUUCCUUGCUAAUGCUGGUCAUGAUAAAUCUCAGAAUUUCAAAUUAGUUGGGCUGAGAAAGUAAUUUGACUCUGGAUUUUAUUGA